AUGAAGCGUUGCAGCUACUUCCAAGGAUGGCUGAACAGACGUAUGAUCUCUGAAACGCCGCACAGGCUAUUCCUUGCGCUGGGAGGUCCGGCCCUGUUGUCCGUGUUGUCCGUUGCGGACCCGGUGCUGAUCCUUCUGCAACGGAUCUUUGAUGAGUUUCCUUGGGCUGUGGCCUCUCCACUACGCUGCGCUGGCCCCGUCCGGUGGGGCCCGGAGGUGACCAGAAAUGUGAAGGCCCUCGCGCGCAGAAUGCCCAUAUUCACCUCUGCCGUGUAUUUAAACCAGUGCGUUGAAUUGGACCUAGGGGAAAGAAACAAACAGGCGAUGACAGGCUGUGAGCAGAGCCUGGCACUGGAAGCAGCUCCUCAGGUUCUCAAAGCUAUGAUCUCAUACAUGUCGGCACCCAAAGUCUCGGGCGGCGCCGGGGGCCUCCGCGCAUCCUUUGCCGUGGAAGGUCUGCCACCGCAGCUCUGCCCGCUGGCCCUGGGCACAGCGGGCCUGGCUCGAGGCCUCGCUGCCUUUGCGCCUGUCCUGUCGCCAUUGGCGGCGCUACUCUCGCUGGCAGCAGCCAUCUACUUGUGCAUCUAUGCGACGAAGAUAGUCGGCGCCACUGCAUCCUUCCGUCGCGACCUUGCCGAACCGGCCACGAUGUCGGCGGUGGCGGCGGCUCCGGCCACGAUUCAGGUGCUGGCGCUACGGCUGCACCUGACCGACGGGUUCUUGCCCUUGGGCGCAGUGCAGGCUGUGGUGCUGGCCUGUCACGCCACUCAGAUUUGCUGCAGCUUGCGCUUUGUGAUGCUCAACAUCCAGAAGCGGCUGCUGCCUGAUCCCUCGUGGUUUCCAGGUAUCCUCAUGUACGGUAUGACGAAUGUCACCUCCUUCGCCGUGGGCCCGCCCUGGCUGCAGGCAACAAUGCCCUUCCAUUUCUGGUUCACCAUGGCGCUGUAUGUGCCGAUGAAGCUCACAGUUCUCUACCGUCUCUUCCUGUCUCAGAGCAGGGACGCCGUGGCGCCACACGCCGGCAUGGCCGCCCUCAUGGCUCCGGCCUCCUUCUACACCAUGGCGCACCUCAGCAGCGGCAAGCCCGGGGGCGACAUCACGGGCUACUUACUCUUUGCUGACAGCACGGUGUCCUUCCUUCUGGCCGUAAGCCUGCUUUACUCCAGGAGGAAGCUCUGGAUCACCGCCUUUCACCCGACUUACGUGGCGUUUACCUUCCCGCUGGCGUCAACAGCCUCCGCGGCCCUCUUGGCUUCAGAGCGGCUACCGUUGCUGGCGGGCAGCUGGUGUCGAGCCUGGUCUGCAGUGCUCCUUCUCACUGCCAUGGCAGCUUCGCUGGCCGUGCAGGCCGGCUUCCUGCGCCUGGUCUUUGCACUGUGGGGCGCGCGCCAGAAGAGCGCCUGA